GGACAGCAUUAUGAAGAGGAGAAGAGAGCUCUGGGCCACGAGGUGAUCGCCCUCAACAAUCAUCUGCUGGAGGCCAAGGUGACCAUCGACAAGCUCUCCGAGGACAACGAGCUGUACCGGAAGGACUGCAACUUGGCCUCUCAGCUACUACAGUGCAGCAAAGGCUUCUACCGAGCGCACAAGCUGUCCGAGCUGCCGGCCGACUUCCAGGAAAGAGUGCUGGAAAAGCCCGAUCCCAGCAGCCUCUCUUCACAUCUAUCAAGUACUUCGAUGAGGGACCUUACCUAUGAGCAAGCAGGGCAAGAUCCAGAAGAAAAGUUCCGUCAGAGGCAGCAGUUUAAGUCGGAGAUCUACUGUAGUGACACCGCCCUGUACUGCCCAGAAGAACGGAGGAGAGACCGGAGACAGAGUUUUGACGUACAGGUCAAAGACGAGGUCUUCUUGAGAUCUCAGAACUCAACAGACAGCACGGUAGAAGAUGGCUUCCACUCAAGUUUUUCACACGAAGCCUUCAAUGAAUAUGUAGCAUCUUUACCAACAUCAAGUUCCUACUCCAGCUUCAGCGCUACUUCUGAAGAGAAAGAGAACAACCAAGCCAAUACGUUAACUGCUUCCCAACAGGCCAUAUACAUGGGAAACCGAGAUGACCUCUUCGAAAGGAAGUCCACCACCGGUUACGAACAUGCAGCCAGUCCUCGCUUUGUAAAGUCCAAGUCUGUCCAGCACAUGGAGCACAGUCCGGAAAAUGCAGUAUCUCCAAAUUUCAUAAGAUCUUCUUCCUACGUAGAGGAACCAUUUCACUUCUCCAGAAUCCGUACUCAACAGGCACUGGGAGCUCACAAGUCACACAGCGAGUGUAGAAGCUCGAACCUUUCCGAAGAAGACUUGCCAACGAGGUGGAGGCAGCUCAGCGUGGAAGAUAUCGGCGCGUACUCUUUUAGCAACGAUGGCAGGAUAUCACAGUGUAGUUUUACAGAACAGUAUUUUGCGCCAAGUCCAGUUAAGCAGCUAGAGAGCCCCAUAAGCCCGCUGUAUGCCAGUUACAAGCAAGAUAGUUUUUCCGAAGGAGAAGAGGUUUGUCAAAGCAGAAUGGGAGACUCGUGCUUCCUAAGAACGGAUUCUGGCUUGAAAAUCGACAUCAGCGCUAGCUGUAAGCAAGAAAUGCUGUCUUCUUUUAAGGCGAAAGAAACAAGAGAACAAAAAAGCGAGCGGAUGUCAGUCCAGCUGGGGAGCAAAAGCUUAGAUUCCAACUCGUCGGUCAAGAGAGAAUAUGUAGACGUCAGUCCAAACAGUUCGGCAGAAUCUCUGACUCAAAGCCCCAUAGAGGCCUCAGACUUACACCAGUCUUCCAUUGACCAAGGACACGCCAGCUUUCACGGCAAGCCCCAGCCAUUCCAAAGAACUGGGAGCAUCGGCUUGACCAGGAAAGACAGUCUUACGAAAGCACAAUUAUACGGCACCCUUCUAAAUUAA